GUAGACAAGUUCAAAGUUUUGGAUGGCGUCACGCUAGGCAGACGAUUUGGCGGGUUCCGUUGCGUCCACUGGGUGCGUCGCGGAGUCUCCACCACUCUCGCCAAUCGUUGCGUGCGUGUGUGCGUACAUACGUGCGUACAUACAUACAUCCAUCAGUGCGUGCGCACGAUUUAAGCGACGUGGAUUGCCAGGGAAUCGUUGCACGCCGCCCGUGAUCUUGACGUCGUGUUUGUGUUUGUAUGUGUGUGGGUCUGUCGCGUUUUGACCCGGCGGCGUUCGGUUCGGUCUGGUCUACGUCCGCGUUAAAGCCGGACUUUCUCACAGAAAACUCUCGCCGAUCGCAUCGACCAUGGUGCAAAUACUGCAAUUACGCUACACUCGUAACCUGUUCCUGCGCGGAAUCUGCAUAAUAUACCUGUUCGCGUUCCUCAGCUUCUACGUGCAGAUCCCAGGAUUGUAUGGAGACAAUGGGAUUCUCCCAGCCAGGACGCAGCUGGAUCUCAAGGGACGAGCGACAUUGGGCAACAAAUUGAAACAAAAACCAACUUUCUUAUGGUUUGCGCCAUAUCUGGGCUUGAAUGUUGAAUAUAUGAUGGAUGUAUUGGCUAUUUUUGGAACUGUUAUCUCCUUUGCAGGAUUUAUCUCACAGAAAUUCUGCAUUGCACCAAUAUUUGUAGGGCUGUGGUCUCUAUAUUAUUCUUUAUACCAAGUUGGUCAAACUUUCAUGUACUUUCAAUGGGAUGUUCUUUUACUGGAGGUUGGGUUUCUGUGCAUAAUUGUGGCACCAUUCUGGUAUCCUUAUCGUGGGAGACCAAGUGAUAUUUUAACACUUUGGGGCGUGCGCUGGUUGCUCUUCCGACUUAUGUUUGCUAGUGGAGUAGUGAAACUUAUUUCAGGCUGUCCGAUCUGGUGGAAGUUAGAUGCUUUAAAUAUCCAUUUUGAAUCGCAAUGUAUACCAACUCCUCUUGCAUGGUACGCACAUCACUUGCCAACAUGGUUUCUUCGAUUAAGCACAGUUGGUACAAAUGUUGUCGAGCUUGCUGUACCAUUCUUAUUUUUCUUUCCAAACAGAAAAGUGAGAAUAAUGGCAUUUUAUUUGCAGGUAUUUCUGCAAAUCUGUAUUAUAGCUACUGGAAACUACAAUUUCUUUAAUUUUCUUACCAUUUGCCUAUGCAUAUCCUUGUUGGACGAUCAAUUCUUUUAUAAACGAAAAUCUAAGAAUGAUAAGUCUCGUAUUAAGAAUUACCUCUCUAUAUUAUUGACUGUAUUGGUUUAUGGAGGAGUAAUUUAUGGGACAUACAUUUACUACGAUCUUAGACUAACAGACAACUGGACCAUUGAAUCUAAUAUCGCAUUUACACAGGAGCAAUUUGAUUACGUUCUAUCUCGCGCAGUGCCACUUUCGAUAAAUAUCGGUAUAAUAUCCUUUGGAUUAACACUGGUAGAUUUGAUAGUCAUGUCUGUGUAUCACACGAAAGGGACGCGUGAUAUGCUAACAAUAAUAACAACGAUAAUAAUUACACUUUUCUAUAUGAAUGCUAUAGGAUGGAUUUUUGCAAUAAGCCUCGUACCGUAUUCCACUUUGCAUCAGUCGAACAAUUCGACGGUACUCGAUGACCUAAAGCAUAUACAUGCAAAAGUGGAUCACCUUCAUAUAGUGAACAGUUACGGAUUGUUCCGUCGUAUGACAGGAGUCGACGGUAGACCUGAAGUUGUGAUAGAGGGAAGCGACAGCAUUGAAGGACCCUGGAAGGAAUACGAGUUUUUGUAUAAACCAGGAAAUGUUAAUAACUCCUUGCCAUUUGUUGCACCUCAUCAACCUCGUCUCGAUUGGCAAAUGUGGUUCGCUGCUUUAGGUACAUAUCAUCAAAAUCCAUGGUUAAUGUCAUUAGCCUAUCGUUUAUUGAGCGGACAGCCCGAGGUACUGACGCUAAUGAACACUGUUGAAAAUCCAUUUCGAGACAAACCGCCGAAAUAUGUUAAGGCCAGUCUUUAUUAUUAUCAUUACACACCGUGGAGUCAAACAUUGAAUACUCGUGCUUGGUGGACUAGAGAAAGAAUAGGAGAGUAUUUCCCAAUAUUCAGCCAAAGUCAUCCUCCACUUAUCGAAUAUUUGACAAAAAUGAAAAUACUUCAAGAGAAACCUGGUUUUAAGGUUACAAAUGAACCACUCAAAUUGAUUCUGGAUUAUCUCAGAGCUUUGAUCUGCAAGGUGGAACCAAGUCUAAUUUUAUGGGGUGUAUUUACGGCCGGUUGCACAGUAAUCGUAACAGGUUAUAGUAGUUCGGUAUCGAAAAAAAAAUAGUUAUACUCUGAAUGAUAUACCUUACACUUACAAUUUAAUAAGUUACAAAGCUAUAAAAUUUUGAAUAUUAAUAAAAUAUAAAAUGUAAGCUGUAAAAAAUAUGUAUCAGCUGAGAAUUAUUUACAUACAGUGUGACUUACAACUCCAUUAGAGGCAUAAGAUUAAUAUUUGCAUGUAAGAUAUACAUCUGCAUUUCUUCCUUUCAUCGAAUAGAUUUAUUAGACAAUAUUAACUAUUGUGUCGUGUGUAAUAACAUAAUAAUGUAUUAAAUAUAAAUCUACCAAGAUAAUUCCUAAGAGAAAAAGGCAUUUAUAUUUUAUAUAAAUUAAUGUGCUUACUAGAGAAUUUAAUAUCUGGUGAACGGAUAUGUUCAAAGUAUAUUACGUAUCCCAUUUACAGAAUUAAUAAUUCGUUAUCAUUCUGUGUUUACUUAUUACAAAAAGGAUGUGAUAUGAUUCAGUAAUGUUCAGUAUGUAUGUAUGUAUGUGUGUACACACAUCAUACAUACUGAACUGUAUAAAAAUUUGGAUCUCUUUUAUCUUAUUCUAUUACUGGAUUGUUCAUUAGCAUUAGUUUGACUGUGGUUUUAAGAAUGAUAUUAAGUAUUUAUAAUGAAACAAGCAAAUAUAUCCAUUAUGAUGAAAAGAAGAAUUGGAAAAAGACUCGGUGUGUGUGUGUGUGUGUGUGUACACACACACAUGCAUACAUACACACACAGCAUAUUUUCUUAUAUAACUCAUUACUAUUGCAUUUUUU